CUUAUAAGAAAGUGCAAGAACCUUUUCCCAACCAUUCAUCCCCAAUCCUUUUUCCCUCAUCAUUUGAUAAUGGAUUCCUCUACUCCUAAUUGUCAUGGCCUUUCCACAUUUCACAUUUCAUUUUUCUACUUCAUUGUAAUAGCAUCCACAUUGCUAUGCUCAUCAACAGCAACAAGAGACCUUACCAAAAAAUCCGAAUUCAAUACCUCUGAUUUCAUCAAAACCUCUUGUAGCACUACAUUAUACCCCAAAUUAUGCAUUGAAACACUGUCACCUUACUCAAACUCCAUCCAAACAAACCCAAUGGAAUUAGCCAAUUCUGCACUUACAGUGAGCUUAAAAGGAGCUAAAUCAACGACGAACAAAAUCGCAAAGAUGUCUAAAGAGGAAAGCUUAGGUGCAGCAGAAGCACAUGCCUUAACAGACUGUGUGGAAAACAUGGAAGAUUCUGUUGAUGAGCUUCAGAAAUCAUUGUUGGAAAUGAAGAAUUUGAAUGGACCAGAUUUUGAAGAGAAAAUGGGGAAUGUAAUGACAUGGGUAAGUGGUGCUUUGACAGAUGAAGAUACUUGUAUGGAUGGAUUUCAAGAAAAUUCUGCUAUGAAUGCCAAAGUUAAGGCUACUAUUAGAAAUUAUAUUGUUAAUGUAGCACAGUUAACUAGCAAUGCUUUAGCUCUUACCAAAAAUCUUUCCUCUACUUAGUACAUUAAAUAAAUUCACCACUAUAAUUUUUGUUCA